UAUUUCACACUAACUUUCGUAUUAUGUGUGUCAUGUUCUAGUAGACGUUGCGGGAUAUAAAAAGAUAUCUGUAAGGUUUGCGCGUUUAGGUUGUUUACGGCUUAACACACGGAUAUCGCGUACUUUUUCUGCACGCAGGAAAAAUACUUAAAGUCAUGGGUAACAAGAUGCGGGUGCUUUCGUUUCUGAUUUGUGUUUUUAGUAGCAUUAUUUUAAAAGCUAGAAGCCAGUUGAACGAUGGCCAUUGUAGCAGACUGCCCGUGGCAUGUGUCAACCCAUUCUGUCGAAACAUGCAAAGAUGGAACAACGGUUGUCAUCGUUUUGCAACAUGCGAGCGAGAUCCAGAAACCGACUUAAAUAAGUGCAUGUGUCAACCUGGUUUUGUUGGUGACGGAAAACUGUCAUGUACGGAGUCCGGCUCUAAUACACCGUUUGAAGACAAUCACUGCACCGGUGGCUGCGACCCAAACGCGAGGUGCAUGCCCACAUACGUCAACAUUAAUCAACAAUUGCUAAGCUGUGUUUGCAACCACGAUUAUGUAGGAAAUGGAAAAUUUUGUAUUCGCCGCACAAUACCAAACGACCUCCCACCGGCAUGUAGGAAUUGUCACCCUACACGUGGUAGGUGUAUGUACAAUAUAUUCCUACGCAGAUAUCAUUGCGCUUGUAGGUCUGGUUAUCGGGGGAAUGGAGUUACUUGUUCGUCAGUUUCAACAACAACAACAACGACGACGACAACAACAAGAGAGCCUACGCCUCCUCCACGAUGCCUCCAGGUUUGUCACAGUGAUGCAAAUUGCGUGUUGGGGUCUGGUAGCAUCGGGAUAUGCAUGUGCAAGUCUGGCUACUUUGGCGAUGGCAUCAAUAUUUGCAGACCGGAUGAAUGUUCGUUGACCUGCAUAGAAAACGCCCACUGCGAACCACAAGAAGUAACAGAUCUACCACCAUUUAAAUGUGUGUGUGAUUAUGGAUAUCGUGGAAACCCUCAUUCACUAUGUCUUAAGUGGCCAAAUGAUAACACUCGAGUCUUGGGCUAAUGAGAUAUAACGUCGUUUGUUCAAAAUAUCCAGAAAUAUAAUGCAGAUACACGAUGAACUCAUCCACAGUCCUUGAAGGUUUAUUGCAUUUUCAAAGCUACGCCAUUACAUUCGAUAUUUUACCUAAUAUGCUUUUAUCAUUUUCCUCUGGCAAUACACGCCCUUACCAUUGUACAUACAGAUACUUACUGCAUAUAUUGCUUACAACAUGUAGUUUACUCAUUAUACAAAAACAUUCAAAAUAUAUUUGUAUAUCACAAAGAUACAGAUUCACACUAUACGCCGUAAUUCGUAAUAUACGCUAUAUUGCUCAAUAUUGCUUUACUUGUACGUUGUACUCGCAACUGCUUUUGCUUAAACAUGCUAAUAAAUUUCGAAUUUU